AUGGCAAACCCUAGGGUGUUCUUCGACAUGACGAUUGGCGGUCAACCGGCCGGUCGAAUCGUGAUGGAGCUAUUCGCUGACACGACGCUGCGGACGGCGGAGAAUUUCCGAACUCUCUGCACCGGCGAGAAAGGAAUUGGCCGGAGUCGCAAGCCUUUGCACUACAAAGGUUCGAGUUUCCACCGUGUCAUCCCAAAUUUCAUGUGCCAGGGCGGAGACUUCACUGGGAUUUUAUCGAUGGCGGACGCGGGUCCGAAUACGAAUGGAUCGCAGUUCUUCAUUUGCACGGCGAAGACCGAGUGGCUUGAUGGAAAGCAUGUGGUGUUUGGACGGAUCGUGGAGGGAAUGGAUGUGGUGAAGGCUAUUGAGAAGGUUGGGUCUUCGUCUGGAAGCACCUCGAAGCCUGUUGUGAUUGACGACUCCGGUCAGAUUUCAUGA